GCCGCCGGUGAUCAAGCGCCCACAGCUUGUUGACCACUAACCAGUAUGUCCUCCGCCAGCCCCGAGUCUUUGUCUCCAUCCUCUCCCCACGAGCAGGGAGAACAUGCGGCGAAGAUGAAGGAGAAACAACCCCAGGAGUCAACGAAAACGUUUGAGGACGAUGGCAGAGACAAUGCUGACUCUCAGACUUCCACAGACACGUCUAGGGAACAAUCGGAGAUACCUUCAGUUAGUGACUGGCAGGCCAUCUGGUCUCCAGCGCACACUGCUUACUACUUUUACAAUGCUACCACACAAGAAACAACUUGGACAAACCCGCUACAGUCCGCUGCUGCCCCUGCUUCUCCCACCCCACCUGUUGCCGACGAGAGCCCCGCUGCAUCUACAUCUACAACUCCCCCCUUAGCUUCUGUAUCAUCUAUAUACCAACUGCAGGCAGCGGCGGCAGCGCAGGGUAUAGACCCUUCUCUGGCCUUCCUCGAUCCUUCCCUAGCUGCCGGACCCUCUACCGGUGCUGCGUUCGAAUACACAGCAAAGUUUAAUGCACGGACGGGUACAUUUGCUAAGCCGGAUGCACGCGACCCCACUCACUUAUCCGAAUACGAGCGUGCAAAGCGCAUGAGCCAGUUUUACUUUGACGUCAACGCGUGGGAGGCUGAGGUUGCUGAAAGGAAGGAGCAGGAGGAAGCUGAGGGAAAGAAGAGAAAACGGCCAUCCAAGAAAGAUCUGGAGAGGUUCAAGGAACAGAAGCGGUUGAAGAAGAUUGCUAAGACAGCCUGGCUUCGUACCUGAGUGUUUGCCCUAUACUGAAUAUUCGAAAUGCUGCAAUACAUAUUGAGUCAUUUAUUUCUUAGUUGGACAGAUUGUCAAUGCCGAACCUUUCUGAGAUAUUGUCACUAUACAGUUGGCACU